AUGUAUCUGUCUAUAUACACAUCUAUCUAUCAAUAUAUACACAUCUAUCUAUCUAUCUAUCUAUCUAUCUAUAUAUAUAUAUACACACACAUCUAUCUAUCUAUCUAUCUAUCGAUUUACAUAUAUAUAUACAUAUAUAUACAUCUAUCUAUCUAUAUAUACAUCUAUCUAUCUCUAUAUAUAUAUAUAUCAUCUAUCUAUCUAUCUAUCUAUCUAUCUAUCUAUCUAUCUAUCUAUCUAUCUAUCUAUACGCAUAUUUCUAUCUAUCUAUAUAUAUAUACUCAUCUCUCUCUAUAUAUAUACAUAUCUAUUUAUCUAUCUAUCCCUAUAUAUAUACACCCACACACCCACACACACACACAUAUAUAUAUAUAUACAUAUAUUCAUAUUUCGCAUUUUUUCCUAUCUUUCUUUAUUCAAAUCUCUGUCUAUCUAGCUAUCUAUCCAUCUCAGUUUUUUGUCUUUUACAGUCGUUGUUUAUCUAUUUAUCUAUCUCAGUUUUUCAUAUCGUACUCUCUGUCUCUCUCUCUCUCACCAAUUUGUUUAGCUAUCUAUCUAUCUAUCUAUCUAUCGCAGUUUUAUCUAUCUUACUCUUACACCAGUUUGUCUAUCUAUCUAUCUAUCUAUCUAUCUAUCUAUCUAUCUAUCUAUCUAUCUAUCGCAGUUUUAUCUAUCUUUUACACAAGUUUGUCUGUCUGUCUAUCUAUCUAUCUAUCUAUCUAUCUAUCUAUCUCGGUUUUAUAUAUAUACUCUGACACCAGUUUGUCUGUCUGGCCAUCUAUCUAUCUAUCUAUCUACUUCAGUUUUAUCUAUCUUUUACACAAGUUUGUCUGUCUGUCUGUCUAUCUAUCUCAGUUUUAUAUAUCUUACUCUUACAUCAGUUUGUCUGUCUGUCUAUCUAUCUAUCUAUCUAUCUCAGUUUUUCUAGAUUGCUUUUACAUCACUUUGUUUAUCUAUCAAUCUAUCUAUCUACCUCAGUUUUAUCUAUCUUUUACACAAGUUUGUCUGUCUGUCUGUCUGUCUGUCUAUCUAUUUCAGUUUUAUAUAUCUUACUCUUACACCAGUUUGUCUGUCUGUCUAUCUAUCUAUCUAUCUAUCUAUAUCAGUUUUUCUAGCUUGCUCUUACAUCACUUUGUUUAUCUAACUAUCUAUCUAUCUAUCUAUCGCAGUUUUAUCUAUCUUUUACACAAGUUUGUCUGUCUGUCUGUCUGUCUAUCUAUCUAUCUAUCUAUCUAUCUAUCUAUCUAUCUCGGUUUUAUAUAUAUACUCUUACACCAGUUUGUCUAUCUGGCUAUCUAUCUAUCUAUCUAUCUACUUCAGUUUUAUCUAUCUUUUACACAAGUUUGUCUGUCUGUCUAUCUAUUUCAGUUUUAUAUAUCUUACUCUUACACCAGUUUGUCUGUCUGUCUAUCUAUCUAUCUAUCUAUCGAUAUCAGUUUUUCUAGCUUGCUCUUACAUCACUUUGUUUAUCUAUCUAUCUAUCUAUCUAUCUAUCUAUCUAUCUAUCUAUUACAAAGUUUUCGAUAUCCUAUAUCGCUAUUCAUGCCAACCUCUUCAUCAUAG